CUUGUUUCACUUGCUUGCAAAACAGAAGUGCUGCAGACGAAGGCUGGAAGAAGAGAGGCAAUGGCUGCUGUUCAUGUUUUCUUGCUUUUGUUUUGUGUUUCUUCAGCUGUGGCGGGUCUGAUCCCGGUCCAGUCUGAGUGCACGUUGGGCCCAGUGUUCUGGUGUCAGGAUCUCCACAAGGCUCUGCAGUGCGGGGCAGUCCAGCAGUGCAUGCAGACAGCAUGGAGCCAGCAAGCUGAGGAUAAUGAUGUCUGCAGCGACUGCACUAAGAUCAUUGAGCUGAUGAUGGACAUGCUGUCAAACCAAGAUACCCAGGCUCGUAUCAAGGGUACCCUGCACAGUGUCUGCAGUCAGUUGCCAGGGGCUGGCUUGGUUGCCGAGUGUGACAAGCUGGUGGAUUCCAGCCUGCCCAUUGCCAUCCGCUUCAUCAUGGAUCAUGUGAAGCCUGGUGCUGUUUGCUUCGCUCUCGGAUUGUGCACACCUCAGCAAUCGGGAAAAGGCAUGCAGGAGCUCCUCACCAAUGAGAUUUCAGAGACUGGUUACAUUGUUUCUGAACAAGCACCACUUCCUUGGCCAACUAGCCAGUUAGAGCUGCAGGCCUCUCCCCAAUGCACGCUUUGCCUUCUUAUCAUCAGGAAGCUGGAAGACAUGCUCCCGAAGGAGAGAACAGAGGACACUGUGGUUGAGCUGUUGGAACAGAUCUGCUCCCACCUGCCCUCCGAGGUCUCCCAGGAGUGCCAGGACUUUGUGGACAAGUACGGGAAGACAGUCAUUGACUUCCUGCUGUCCUCAAUGGCACCGCACACGAUUUGCACCCUCCUGCACCUCUGCUUUGGAGUGGAGAGCCCAGUGCCAGUCAUCUCCACUGUGUCAGACUGUGAAGUUUGUGACAGCCUGGUCUCCAAGGUGAAGCUGUCCCUGGGUACGAAUGUCACGGCCCCAGAGUACGAGGCUGUCAUGGACGCUGUGUGCUAUUCCUACCAGCCUGCCUUCCACGAGUGCAAGAGCUUUGUCCGGUCCUACAAGCACCAGCUGCUGAAGGUGCUGGGGAAGCCUUGGGAUUCUCAAACAACCUGCAAGGAAGUUGAAGCUUGUGUAACUGUAAAGACUGUCCCUCUGUUGGGAACAAAGGAGUGCACCUGGGGACCAUCUUACUGGUGCACAAACAUGCAGACUGCAAAAGAGUGCAAUGCUGUGGAGCACUGCCAGGCUCAUGUCUGGAACUGAACCCUCCCCCAGCUGGCUUGAGGACAGAAGGUGACCAGGCUUCACAUAGGGCGGCUCUCAGCAAGGCCUUCACCAGCAUGCCACAACAGCACAAAUGGACCGGAGCAGUCUCGGCCAAAAUACUGUCCAAUUAAAAUCUCACAUUAAUACUAAAAUGAGUGUGUUAAAACCCCCCCCCUUUUUUUUUUUUUCCAAAUGAUCUUACUAACACAUUUGAUGGUUUGUACAAUUCAGUUUAUGUAGAUAUGCCUACAGUGCAAACAUUAUCUAACAGCUUUAUUGCAGGAAUCAAACUAAUACAUUUGUUCGAAAAUAUUAUAAAAUCAACUUAUCGGUGUUUUCAAAAAUGUAUGUGGUAUAUUAAAGCUUAACUUUUUUAAUUUGCUCCAGGGAAAGUUGCAGUCCAGUAUUUUUAAUGUAGUUGGGUGACCAUUUCAGACUAUUAAAGACAUAACUAAGAAAACAAGAUAACUGUCAAAACAAUCAAUCUCUGAUUUUAUUUUAUUUCUAUUGUCCAAAUCUGGCCUCUACUCCCAUUUGUUGUAUCAGCUUAAUCUUCAUUAGGAAUCAUGCAUACAUGUUGUUUUGUGAAUGGAUUUCAGUUUCUGCUUUGUAUUUAACACUGUUCUCAAGAGCUUAACAUACCAAGUAGGACACUGUAUCAUUUCACCAGUGACUCUGUUCAAGUCAUUUUAAUUUCAAGUUUUCAGUGAAUUCAUUUCCUAGUAAAUGCAGAGUUGAUGCCUGUGUUUUAAAUGUGAUAUUUAACCCUUAGUGGUCCAUUUAUUCAGUGCUUGUCAGGAGUGUCUG